AUGAGGCUUUUACGGCUCCACUGCAGUAUUGUGGAUCGGACUAUAAUUUACCUGAAUUCACUUGGGGAGACUAAGCAUCAGUAUAAUAAAACAGCAGAAAACUGGAGCACAUUUGGUGCAUCAAAAGGGUACCAGGGGCCAUGGAAAUGGGUAAUCAGGAAGCACAGCCUCCAGUCUGACAGUAUUUCCUGUGGUGUUUUCACAGCUGUGUUUGCUGAGGCCAUUCUAGAAGGCCCAAAGGGGUACCUUGCAUGCUCACCUGCACAGCAAGAGAGAGAGCGACUGGGGUGGUUUCUUUUUAGAUCACUUGAUGAAUGCAGUGAUCUGGCUGGUGACAUCAUGUACCUGGCAACAAAAUUCAUCCCCCAGAAAAAAGUGGCUGAAGGCCUGUUGGAAGAGGGAAAUGUCAAUGAAGCCAUGUUCAAAACAGAAGACUGCAGGAAGACCAUGAACGCUUUACAAGAUGCUUUAGAGAGUAAUUGGGAAACAUUUGACCUGGCAACACAUGGUCUUGGUCCUGCUGUUAUAAAGGGCACUUUUGCAUUAGUUGAUGCAUGUCUUAAGGAAAAGAUGAGAGCACUGAAAUCAAAAGUCUCCACAGACGAGUAAGGUUUUACCCCACUUUAUUUAGUACUUCCAUUGUUUCAAAUGCUUGUUUCUUGUUGAUGUUCACUGUUCAGCAGUACAAAAAAUAAAAUA